GAGUUAUUCGUGAAGCGUGUGGUUUAUUCUGGUGCUAUAAAUAUAGCGGUAAGUUUUAUAAAUUUUGGAUUUAGGUAUAGCGUUCUGUCGUGUCUAGUAAUUGCGACUGUAGUUCUAUAUUUUUCUUGAAAAUUCUUUUGGAAUAACAAAGGUUUCAGAAACAUGCCCAUUAAAGUCGACUGCAGAGCCGACGAUGGCGACAAACAUCAAUUUGAUAUUAAUUUCCUGCUUUAUCACAAAGGCAAACUUUACAGUGCUGCAGACGACGGAAAAGUGAUGGUAUGGGGUCCAGAUCUCAAAAAACUUGCCGAAGUUCAAUCAAAUCCAUGUUCAGUAUUCUGUUUAGCUGGUAGCGAUUCCACAAUUUAUUCGUGUUCCAAUGAAGGAACGGUCAAAGCUUUUGAAUUGGAUACUCUCAAAGAAAAAGGAGUAAUAGCAGAGGAUAAGCAAACAGAAUUUUGGAGAGUAUCUCACGACAAUGAUUGUUUAUAUACAGGUGAUCACGUAGGCAAUGUAAGAGUAUACAAAAACGAUAAAUUUUAUGGAACAUUAUGCAUUUCCGAACCUGUGAAGGAUAUGGUAAUAUACAAAAACCUUAUGUUUACUGCCAAUAUGGAUAUUAUUGUUACUGAUCUACACCUUGCCAGUAGUACCCUUCAGUUUGGUACAAAAAAUACGUUCCCAGGAAGAGCACCAAUAACAUUAAUAGGAGAUAAAUAUAUUGCGUUUUCUACAAGUGAAGCUAUGGGGAUUGUUGUCCAUGAAAAUGACGAUUCUUCCCAUUUUAAAGCUGUCACUGCAAAUCAAGGUGCUCAUGAGAAAGUUAUCAACGCACUAGCAGGGGCGUACUGGAAGGACCAGCAUAUACUUUUUAGCGGUGGUUGGGAUAAAAUUAUCAAAAAAUGGAAAAUCGAUAACGGCAAGCUGAUAUUAGAUUCGUCGUGUGAAACUGACAUAGUCAUAAACGCUAUAACUGCAGGAGAACAAGGGGACAUAUAUGUCGGCGGCAGCGAUGGACAUAUUAUUCGUAUUCGUGCUGACUAGAAUAUAACAGCGUAAGGUUCAAUUAAAGGCUAUAGAUGAAAAACUCAUAUUCUCCUCGUUUAAAAAUAUCCCUGAAAAGUAAACAAGUUGUGUUCAUUGUACACUUUGACACCGAUUAAAAAAAAUAUUUAAUUCGAUAGCCACGUCGUGUCCUAAAUGAAGUUAUUAAUAAUUGUUUUCUAAGUAAUUUUUAUUCUGGAUUCCAAUAUAUAAUCUAACUUGCGAGAAUAA